CGAAUUCAUUGUGCUCCAUCCGCUGUGCUGUACAGACCAACCUCAUCCGGCAUUUGAAAGGCUACUGAACGAUGCGUAGCACGCGGAGCGGCUCCAUGUCGGCCCAUUCCCCGCGACCCCACACGUCAUGCUCGCUGGAGAACACCCGGUCGAACCCCAGAUGGUAGGGCGCCUAGUGGACGGCUUUCCGAACGGCUAUCCGGGCUUUCGGGCGCAAGAUAUAAAAGUCCUUUCUGCUAUCCAUCUGAGGUCCUUUCUGUCUAUCAAGCGUCGCUCUAUUGCUUCUUCCUCGAGUGUCCUUUGAUUGUCUUGCCACUUGUCAUUCCGAGAGAUCUUUCCUCUUCGCGGUGUGUCAUUGUAUCCGGCGACCAUGGCCAAAUUCGAUAUUGGGACUGUUUGGAGCGACAUCAAGGCUUAUCGCCGGGCCUACAUCCUCACCGCUGUCGCCUCAUUUGGCGGUAUGCUCUUUGGCUGGGACACCGGCUUGAUCGGCGGCGUGCUCACCAUGGACGCUUUCCAGCAUAGUUUUGACCUUGAUAAGAACAGCCCCGACUUUAGUAAUCUGCAAGGCAACAUCGUCUCCGUGCUCCAGGCUGGCUGCUUCUUCGGUGCCCUAUCUUCUUUCUACGUCAGCGACAAGUUUGGCCGGAAGUGGGCUCUAAUCAUCGCCGAUAUCAUCUUCCUCGUCGGCUCGCUGGUCCAGACUCUCUGUGCCAUCCACACCACCAGCCUAGCUCAAUUGUAUGUCGGACGAGUUAUCGGAGGAUUCGGGGUCGGAUUGAUCUCAGCAGUCGUGCCAACGUACAUCGGUGAGAAUGCGAAUAAGGAGAUCAGAGGACGUUGUAUCGGCUGUAUGCAACUAUUCAACGUUACCGGUAUCUGCAUCUCCUUCUUCAUCAACUACGGGAUCAGCAACCAAAUCAAAACCCUGAGCUCGGCGAAGUGGCGUGUCCCUUUCGCUCUCCAGAUGCUGCCCGGCGCUCUCUUGCUCGCGGGUAUCAUCUUCCAGAAUGAAUCGCCACGCUGGCUCGUCGAAAAGAAUCGUCUGCGCGAUGCUGCAACGUCGCUUGCUAAGGUCCGAGGGAAGCCCGUUGAUGAUACAGAUGUGGUACAAGAGCUGGACGAGAUCGUCGCCGACUUCCACGGACACGAGAAGCUACCACUCACCGCUCAACUCAAGGCUGCCUGCUCCAGCAAGCGGAUGUUUUACCAGGCAUCCUUUGCCGUCAUCCUGAUGUUCUGGCAGCAGUGGACUGGGACGAACUCUAUCAACUACUACGCUCCGCAGAUCUUCUCCUCCAUCGGACUUAAAAGCAAUUCCGCGGGGCUGUUUGCCACGGGAAUCUAUGGCGUUGUGAAGAUCGUAUGCACAGCACUUGGUCUGGCUUUUGCUACUGAACAAAUGGGUCGCAAGUGGUCGUUGCUUAUCGGAUCCGCUGGACAAGCGUUCGCCAUGUUCUACAUAGGCGUUAACGCAGCGGUCAAUCCAACUAAGGCUGGCGACCCGCUCACCGGAAACAAUAUCUUUGCCAUCAUCUGUGUAUAUCUGUUUGUGGUAUUCUACUCGUUCGGAUGGGGACCAAUUCCUUUCGUCCUCGCCUCUGAGUGCUCUCCGAACCAUGUGCGGUCUCUCAUCAUGGCGGCGGCACUGAUGACCCAAUGGCUCUUCAAUUUCGUUAUAGCGAAGAUCACGCCGCUGAUGUUGGACAACAUCACGUACGGCACCUUCCUCCUCUUUGGCGCCUGUUGCAUUCUCAUGGGCAUCUACACGGUCUUCUGCGUCCCGGAGACCAAAAAUGUGCCCCUGGAGUCCAUUCACCACCUGUUUGAGGGGCAGAUCAUCCGAGGUGCAGUCAAGGACACAAUCCCUCGGUAUUCGCGGGCGAAGAAGCUGCAGCACCACCAUGCCACCAACGACGCGGACUCUGAGACGGUCAGCUUUCCCGGGCGCAAAGGUGUUGCCACAGAUGUGCAGCACAUUGAGGAUGCAUAGAGCAGAGGUGGUGAUGGUGAUGGUAGAUAGCCGAAUGAGGAAAUGCAAGCAG